AUGGCAAAGACGAGUCGGACGGCGUCGCGCGAGAACGCUGUGCAUCUUUCUUCUCCAGCGUCUUCGCUUUCCCAGUCGUCUCUGCUCUCUGGCAUGCCAUUGCUGUAUCACCAGUCAUCUCUGUCGACUUUGCUUCUUGCAACGUCUUCGCGCUCCAGCGACGCUAGCACAGAUGGAUUUUCGGUCCCCACGCAGCUUCUGCUGCCUGAUGGAGGAGUGGCUCUCGGCCUCCCGCCCUCCUCCCUUCUUCCUUCGCGAGGAGCUGGAGAGGACACCCCUCCUACGGAGGAGGAGCGUGUCAACCGCCUUAGGCAGGGACCUGUGGCUGUUUUCACGUCCGAAUCACCUGAGGAGAAAGUCCGACCCGUGCGGUCACGGCUUCUGCUGCUGUUGGCGACUCUGCUUGCCCUAGAGCUCCUCAGCGUGCUCGCCGUCUUGCAAGGAUUUGCCGUUUCACAUUCGCAGUGUUCCGCGUACGCGAUGCUGCAUGCGCCGCAGCAACGCCUGGCGACCUCCUUAGAUUCGUUUGGACAUAGCCGGUCAGUACUGCCGGUGGAACCUGAUCUAUGCGCUUUUCCCACGGUCUACGGGCACGCAGAUGCUUCAACAUUCUUCCAUAAUAUCCACUUUUCCAAUAUAUCAGUCAGCAAGGACACCUAUCCGAUUUUUCCGCCGGAUUCAGAGAUGCCUCUGAAGCCUGUUUUCGGGGCUCUGGCGUCCUCUUCCGUCCGCUACGGCUUCUACGUCGCUUUGCUGGUUUUCUGCCUUUCGCUGCCGGCGGUCGUGGGCGUCGCGGUGACCGUCCACCGGAGACAGAUGUGCGCGAUUGCGGCGAGCAACGCGAGUGGUGCAGCCGCUGGAGGUGUCUCGCGUGUCUUCCCGUCUGUCCUGCCCUCUCUGCUUCUCUCGGCGUGCGUAGUUGUGCUGUCGGGAGCCUGCAUCUUUUCAGGUCUAUUCGCGCUGCAAACGUACUUUGACCUCCUGGUCACAGUUCUGUCUUUCGCGCUGCGUGCCGCGCUCAGUCGCCUGAACAGUGUCUGUGUGGCGCCCCGUCUCUUUCUUGUGAAGGCGAGCAACAGUCCGCCGUAA